GGAGAGCAACGCUGCCUCUCGCGGUCCGCGCGCAUCCAGUGUCAGCGGGUACCGUUCUGCGAGGAGGGCAAUGGCUCCCAAUUCGGCUUCUCAAAAUUAACCACCAUUGCGAGCAAAAUUGAAUGCCUGAAGGCUGAGUAGUGAAUGGACAGCGCUGGCUCGGCGGACUUCUACGUUUUACGGUGCAUCUUCCUCUGUCUGGACCUCAACGACCUGUUCAACGUCUGUGAAGUCAACCGUACCUGGCAAAGUGCCGGUGUUUCCGUGCUUCGAGAGAAGCUACGCUACCUCUGUUUCUGCCACUUGAAAUCUCCCGAAAAAUGCCGAAUAACGGAAGGCGGUCAGCCCCGAUACCUCGGCGAGUUCUGCGAGGAUCUCCGACGGUUUAUCAGGAUUGCUCGUCUAGCCGACCUCAAGCCGACGUUCGGGUUCCUGUCGUACUCGUCGAAUCCGACGGACGAAAAAGCUGUUGUACGCCAAGUCCAGAGAGAACUAUCCACAAGUUGUGUAAUUGUGUAUCACCGGUCCAGAACUAUCAGCCUCCGCAACGAGAUGAAACCUACCGAACCGUACAGUGUCCACAAGGGUAUAACGGGUGCUUUUCUGUUCGGACCUCUAGUCCCCAAAACUGCCCAGCGAUCUCUGGAUGCGGUCCGGCGACAACAGUCUACUGCACCGGCUCACCCUGCACAAACGCUACCCCAAUACAAAGCCCAGUCCAGUUUCAAACGCAAUCGCCUCGGACGAUUGUCAAAACUGUUCCGGCGCGCUGUCCUGCGUCGCCAGAUGGAAGAACCCUGUCUCCGCAAUGUGGCACCGGGUGUUAUGUUGUUCCACUCAUUCCGCAUUCCGCAGGAGGACGGGCGGUGCCUGUCCAUGGCGGCGACGGAGGCGUUCACAGGCAGGACUGUGGUGGUGUCGUUUAUGCAACUCUUCCAUCCACGCGAUGCAACAUCUGUCCAGCGUCUCCUGCAAGAGUUCAGGAAAGGGUUCGGUCCCCAACGGCUCCAGGACACCUUUGUCAUCGUGUUUCAGAAAGACCUGGAGUGCGUUCAAGAGCUCAGCCAAAUAACGGGUCUGUUCCGAGAGGUGCCGGUCAUGUCCAUGAGUGGAGAAUUCCCUAGCGAAACCCAGAUGCUGCAGUUACAGCAAAGCCAGACUGAACGCAGGGUGGUUGUGAUAACGUUGAGUCUUUCCCCCCUUGGUUUUUCCUGUGAUGCUGACCUGGAAGGUAUUCUGAAGGAAACUUGGAGGUAUCGUAUGGACGAUUGGUAACAAUAAAAUGCUGGAGCCUGUGUCAGAACGGA